AUGCUACGAUCAAUUCCUCGUCGAGUACCCCGACGUCUUCCCAUCUUCACUACGACAGCGACCGCUGGCGGUCCCUCUCGUCUCGCCCAGCGCGCGUUCACGUGCGGCUAUUUACGGAUGUCGCCGUCAUCGCUCCCUCCCGUCCAGCCCCCCGUUUCCUCAACGCUUCCCAGCGAUUCCUACCAGCUUUUAUCGACCGCCGACAAAGCUGGAGAUGCAGAGGAUGCUCUUUACGAACAACAGAUCAAAGAUGUUGAAGCGUGGUGGAAUUCCCCCCGCUUUGAGGGCAUCAAGCGGCCCUACUCGGCUGCCGAUGUCGUUAGCAAGCGGGGAUCGUUGCAGCAGACGUACCCGAGCUCGUUGAUGGCGCGGAAGCUGUUUAAUCUGUUGAACGAGAGAGCGGCAGAGAAUAAGCCAGUUCAUACGAUGGGCGCCAUUGACCCCGUACAGAUGACCCAGCAGGCUCCUAACCAGGAGGUCCUGUAUGUAUCGGGCUGGGCGUGCUCGUCGGUUUUGACGACGACCAACGAGGUGUCUCCCGACUUUGGUGAUUACCCGUACAAUACCGUGCCCAACCAGGUCCAGAGACUGUUCAAGGCUCAGCAGUUGCAUGACCGCAAACACUGGGAUGCGCGGCGGAAGAUGACCCCUGAGCAGCGAAAGUCUACUCCUUACAUUGACUAUAUGCGACCGAUUAUUGCAGACGGUGACACCGGACACGGUGGCUUGACCGCAGUCCUGAAGCUGGCCAAGCUUUUCGCUGAGAACGGUGCCGCAGCUGUUCACUUUGAGGACCAGAUGCACGGCGGAAAGAAGUGCGGCCAUCUGGCGGGUAAAGUCUUGGUUCCGAUCGGAGAGCACAUCAACCGCCUUGUUGCGACGCGAUUCCAGUGGGAUAUGAUGGGUGUUGAGAACCUUGUUAUUGCUCGGACUGACUCCGAGAGUGGCAAGCUCCUUAGCAGCGCCAUUGAUGUGCGAGACCACGAAUUCAUUCUCGGAGUCACCGAAGAGUCGGAACCUCUCGCAGAGACCCUGCAAGCCAUGGAGAGGGAGGGAGCCGCUCCUUCGGAGAUUGAUGCCUUUGAACUGGACUGGGUUAAAAGGCACAAGCUAGUGACAUUUGAUGAGGCUGUCGAUGCGCACCUGGAGGCCGAAGGUGCUCCUCAAGCCGCUCGUGACGCAUACAAAAAGCGUGUCAAGGAGAAUCCAGACCUGUCCAUCACCCGUCGACGGGAGUUGGCCAACGACUACACCAAGACCCCGGUUGUUUGGUCCUGCGACAUCCCCCGCACUAGGGAAGGUUUCUAUCACUAUCGAGCCGGUUUCCCAGCUGCAACCAAACGCGCAAAGGAGUUUGGCCCUUACGCUGACCUCCUCUGGGUCGAAACUGGUGACCCCAACGUUGAAAAAGCUGCGAAGCUCGCAGGCGAAGUACGGGCUGCCCUACCUGGCAAGAAACUCGUCUACAACCUCAGCCCUUCAUUCAACUGGAUGGGUCAAGGCUUUGAUGAGGCAUCUCUUAAGUCCUUCAUCUGGGACCUUGCACAGCAUGGCUUCGUCCUCCAAUUGAUCUCCCUCGCCGGUCUCCACAGCGGUGCUACUAUCACAGCUGAGCUCUCCCGCGCUUUCAAGGACGAGGGCAUGCUUGCCUACGUCCGACUGAUUCAGGCUCGCGAAAAAGAACUCGGCGUUGAUGUCCUCACUCACCAGAAAUGGAGCGGUGCGCCGUACAUGGAUGGUAUUGUGGGUGCGAUCCAGAGCGGUAGCAGUAGCAGCAAGAGUAUGGGAGAGGGGAAUACUGAGAAGGGUGAGUUCAAUCCUCUCGUAUUUUGA